AUGCAGCCCGGCCAGCAGCGCACGGCGCCGCAACAAGGCGGCAUGAGUGGAGCGUUUUCUCACGGCGCGCCGGCGCACGGCAUGGGCCACGCGUGGGCGACCAACGCGUCGUCCGCGAGCCCCGACCCAGGCACCCUGGGGGGGGCCGCCUUCGCGACGCCGUGGGGCGGCUGGGGAUCGUUCCAGGCCCCGGACAGCAGCCUGGAGCCCUUCAAGCCCGUCACCAUGCCCGCGCUGACCGCGGACCUGCCGCACAGCGACGCACCGGGCCAACCGCUGCAGCCGCCCACCUACACCUCCUCGAACGACACCUCUCCGCUGGGCGGGGCCGAUUUUUUCCAGCGCGGCGGGGGCCUCUCGCUCCCGAUUCCGCCUUCCGGCGCGCCCGGCAAGCCCGACCACGGCCGCGCGGGCCACCCGGACGCCGCGCCCCCGCCCCGCGGCGACGGUACGUUUUCUCCCCCCAGUAUGGAGCAGCUCCGGCUCUCGCUCGGCGCCGUGCUCCCGGCCAUCGACGGCCACGACUCCGAGCCCGCCGCGGCCCGGCCGUCCGGCGCCCCGAGCGCCGGCCUCGCCCCCAGCAACCGCACCACCGCCGACAUCACUAGCGGUCCGCACGCGCUGGCGGGGCAGGGCGGGCUCGGGAACCUCGGGCCCCUCGACGACCGCCUCGCGCACCUCCGGCACUUCCAGGGGCCCCUGUCGGGCCCCGACAACGUCAGCACCAGCUCGGACAGCUUCAGCGACAACGUGCUUCGCUUCACGGGGCCCGCCGGCGCCGAGUUCCAGCCCGGCCGCAUGGGCAGCAACGACUCCCUCUGGGGCGCGCUCAACGCCGCCAUGGCAGGAGGCGUGGACGCCGUCGGAGGCCCGGCGAGCCAGCGCGCGGCCGCGAACCUCGCGCGCAACCGCUCGGGGUCGUCGCUGUCGUCGAUGGCGAGCUCCGCGGGGGCGCAGCAGAUGUCGGGGUGGGGCGAGCACCCGCUGGGGGAGCACCCGUCGCGCACGCUGUUCGUGCGCAACAUCUCGAGCACCGUCGACGAGGCCGCGAUCUGCGAGCUCUUCGGGCAGUUCGGCGAGGUCCGCUCCGUGCACCUCUCGUCGAAGCACCGCGGCUUCGUCAUGGUGUCGUACUACGACCUCCGCGCGGCGCGGGCGGCGAUCAAGGCGCUGCAGGGGCACAUGCUGCACCGCCGCCGCCUCGACAUCCACUACUCGAUCCCGAAGGAGAACCCGACGGACAAGGACUGGAACCACGGCACGCUCGUGGUGUUCAACCUCCCGGCCGAGGUCAGCAACACGGCUCUCGCAACCAUCUUCUCGCAGUUCGGCGAGGUCAAGGAGGUCCGCGAGACGCCGAACCGGCGGCAGCACCGCUUCGUCGAGUUCUACGACUCCUCGCACGCCGAGGCGGCCCUGCGGGCGCUGGACCGUACGGAGCUGCGCGGGCAGGUGCUGAAGAUCGAGCGGUCGCGGCCGGGGGGCGUGCGGCGGCAGGUGGCGCCGGGGAACGGCAGCGCGGACAGCGGGUCGCGUCCGGGGUCGCGGCACAUGUCGGUGUCGGACCUGAUGGCGGUGCGCGACAUGGCGUUCGCGCAGCAGCUGGGGCAGGCGGGCAUGGCGCGGGCGUCGAGCAACAGCAGCCUGGCGAGCCAGGGGCUCGGGCGCGGGCAGGGCGCGGGCGACGCGGCGAUGGCGCAGGCGCAGAUGCAGGCGAACGUGCAGGCGCGGAUGCGGCAGGUCGCCGGCGGCGCGGACUUGGGCGGAGACCCCGCGGGGGUGUUUGGGCGCGCGGGCGGGCCCGGCGGGCCAGUGCCGCCGUUCGGGUGGGACGCGGGGAGGCAGGGGCCGCGCAUGGACGUCGUCGCGCUCGUCCAGGCCGCGCAGGCCGGGCUCCUCACGCUGCCGAUGCUCUGCCAUGCAGUGGAGAGCGGGUCGCUGGCGCCGCAGCAGGCGGACCUGAUCGCGGCGCUGAUCCCGCCGCACCAGCUCCCGCAGCAGGUGCCGGGCGGCGUGGGGCGGGGCGGGCACGGGAUGGGCUUCGGCGACGUCGGCGCGUUGCAGCAGCUGGCGCACAUGCAACAGAUGCGGGACGCGGCGGCGGCGCAGGGCGGCCAGCAGGGCCUCCCGCAGGGGCUCUCUCCGUGGGGGCCCCUCGGCUUCCCCGGCGCGGGCCAGCAUGCGGCGCAGCAGCAGCACCCGCAGCCGCCGCCGGGCGCGGGUCUGCCGGGCGUGCCGCAGCUGAGCGCGCUGCUGAGCGACAGCGACCCGUCGGCGCUGCGCGCGCUCCUGCAGGCGCUGGGCCCGAACGCGAGCGCGAUGAUCAGCCAGCUGCACAAGGACCAGCAGGCGGCGGCACCGCAGGCGGGCGCGCCGCAGGCGGACCUGGCCAAGGCAGGGCCGUCGGUGCUGGAGCAGGGCGACGAGCCCGCUGCGGGCGAGGUCCUGGGCGGCGGGCAGGCCGGGGCGCCCGCGCAGGACGGUGCACCGGCGAGUGCGGCGUCGGGGCUGCCCGGUGGGCCGAGCGCGGAGGCUUCCGCGCACUCGCGGCAGGGCCCGGGCGGCAUUUUCUACGACGCGGACGCGCACGGCGGGCCCGCCGCGGCGCUCGGGUGGGCCCCGGCGUCGGCGUCGAACCCGGCGCAGGUGGCGCUGGCGGCGGCCGCGCAUGCGCUCUCCGGGUCGAUGCAGAGCGAGGCGAUGCGCCGCGCGUCGACGGGCCGCCGCUCCAUCGGCCAGCUCGACCCGGGCAAGGUCCCGGCGGGCCUCCCGUCGCGGCGCGGGGGCUCGAUCGAGCUCCCGCGCGUGCACAAGGAGAGUGCCCUGGAGGCGGCGCAGGCGGCGGCGGCGGCGGCGACGGCGGCGGCGCGCGCGACGCGGCGCACGGACGAGGACCGGCCGCGCACGACGACCGACGAGCAGUUCGCGCUUGACUUGAGCAAGGUCCAGGCCGGGGAGGACACGCGGUGUACGCUCAUGGUGAAGAACAUCCCGAACAAGUACACGCAGCGGAUGCUGCUGCAGACGCUCGACGAGGCCGUGCACGGCAUGUACGACUUCUUCUACCUCCCGAUCGACUUCAAGAACGGUUGCAACGUUGGAUAUGCUUUCAUCAACAUGCUGAGCACGGAGGGCGUCGCGGUGCUGGUGCAGCGCUUCCACGGGCGGCGCUGGGAGCGGUUCAACAGCGAGAAGGUGUGCUGCGUGGCGUACGCGCGCAUCCAGGGCAAGGCGGCGCUGGUGGCGCACUUUCAGAACUCCACGCUGCUGCUGCACGAGGACAAGCGCUGCCGGCCCGUGCUGUUCUCCGCGGACGGCCAGCCGGAGACGUUCCCGCUCCCGGGGCGCACGCCCGGGCGGCGGUCGCGCCGCGGGUCGGGCGAGUCGCGGCGGAACAGCAACGAGUCGCGCCGGUCGGCGCCGAGCGCGCCCGCGUCCGCGCGGUCGUCCACGGACCGCCCGCGCUCGUUCGACCAGCCGAACUCCGCGCGCACGAGCCACGAGCGGAGCAGCCACGACCGCUCCGGCCACGGGCACGGGCACGCGGCGGCGGACAACGCCACGUCGCCCACGCCGGCCGCCGAGCGCGCCCACCUCGGACUCGCGACGGUGCAGGAGGAGCGCCCGUCCGAGGGCGUCGGCGCGGACAUGUCGCGGUCCCGCGGCGAGGAUGCCUCGCGCUCGCGCGGCGAGCGCGCCAGCGGCGACGCCGGGUCCGGCCUGGCGACCGCGAUGCAGUCGUCCUUGUUCGGCACCGAGAUGUCGCUCUCCCGGCGCGGGCGGACGUCGCGCUCGAGCAGGGACAGCGAAGGCGAGGCCCCGCGGCCCUGA